CAUGUAGCAAAAGAGGGGGGAAUACAGACUGGUCACGAUAUCAAGUUGGGAGUAAAGCUCUGGAGUUCAUAGAGAACAUUCCUUCACAAUAUUUCUAUUCGAAAGACCUGCUAAAAUUUAUUUCAACUAGUGCUACUUUUACGUUUUUUUUUUGACGAUUAUUUCUAAAAAAUAUUUAAAAUGCUGCCGAGACGACGAGUCAUUGAUCUUCUGCAAGUCAUUUCAUCUCAAUCAUGCAAAUGUCCAGCGCAUGGUAAUCCAGGAGCUACCAGUGUGCAGGAACACGGGAAAUCUCGAAGCACUGCAACAAACGUCGCGGCCGACAAAGAAUAUGCCUUUGAGAUGGCAUGUUCUACAGUGCGAUAUGGAAUAGGAGUAACAAGAGAAUUAGGAAUGGACAUACAAAAUUUGGGAGCGAAGAAAACUUGUCUAAUGACGGAUCCUAAUUUGAUAAAUUUAGCCCCUAUGAAAACUGCUAUUAACAGUCUCUCCAAGUAUGGAGUUCAAUUCGAAAUUUAUGACAAAGUACGUGUGGAACCAACUGAAAAAAGCCUACAGGAUUCAAUCGAAUUUGCUAAGCGGGGGAAUUUCGACGCUUUUAUUGCGGUUGGCGGUGGUUCCGUGAUGGAUACUUGCAAAGCGGCAAAUCUGUACAGCUGCGAUCCAGAUGCCGAAUUCUUAGAUUACGUAAAUGCGCCGAUUGGAAAAGGAAAACCAAUUCAGAUCCCUCUAAAACCACUCAUCGCCAUUCCGACUACCUCUGGUACCGGUUCUGAGACUACUGGUGUAUCUAUUUUCGACUAUCGGCCACUGAAGGCCAAAACGGGUAUCGCAAAUAGACCAGCUUAUCAAGGACAGAAUCCUGUCAGUGAUGUCUGGGCGAGAUACGCUCUUCAAGUUAUGCGCAAAUACUUUAAACAAGCAGUUUACAAUCAAGACGAUUUGGAAGCAAGGAGCCACAUGCAUUUAGCAAGUACAAUGGCAGGCGUUGGUUUUGGAAACGCUGGUGUUCAUCUCUGUCAUGGACUUUCGUAUCCUAUUAGUGGAAACGUUCGAAACUUCCUACCAAAAGGAUAUAGCAAGGAUCAUCCUAUAAUUCCUCAUGGUUUAUCUGUGGUAAUCUCCGCACCAGCCGUAUUUUCCUUUACCGGAAAUGCAUGUCCAGAGAGGCAUCUGGAAGCUGCAGAAUUGCUCGGUGUAGACAUCAAAAAUGCCAAACGAGCAGAUGCGGGCAAAAUUUUAGCCGACACGGUGAAAGAAUAUAUGCGCGUUAUGAAAAUCGAAAAUGGUUUGACAGAACUUGGUUUUAAGAAAGAAGACAUUCCUACGUUAAUUCAGGGCACUUUGCCUCAGCAUCGAAUUACCAAAUUAGCGCCACGUGAGCAGUCUGAAGAGGAUCUUGCACAAUUAUUUGAAAAUUCAUUCACCAUUUUUUGAUAAUUAUUAAACGUUUAACAAGAUAAAUAUUUUGUUAAUUGUAUAUAAAUAAAUUGUAACACAUAAAAAUUUUUAUACAAUAAAAAUAAGAUUUUAUUUUUAAAAAA